AUGACCGAUCCACGCCCGUAUCAUGUACUCAGCUAUGGCACCCUGCUGGGAACCCAAGUCUUCCAGACAUCUCAGUCAUUUGUCGGAGGGAUAGUGGCUUUCCGGGCCCUUCCGCGACCACAAUUCGCUACAUUGCAAACCGCAAUCUUCCCGGUAUAUUUCUCGAUGCAGACUGCAUUACCCAUCGUGGUCGCCCUGACCGCGAGCAGACAGGGGCAGGCCCUUGGUCUACCAGGGCUCCUAGCUCCUGAAAAUCGGAUGAACACUUUGCUUCCUAUGGCUACUGUUGCAAUCACCGGGUUGAUUAACAUGUUUGUUCUGCGUCCGUUGACUGUGAAGACCAUGAGGGAGCGCAAGCACCAAGGCAAGUUACUUUCCCCUUUAAGCCCUGACUUGAGAUCAUUCUCUUACAAAAUACUUGCACCAGAAACCCGCGAUGGCAAAAAGUCCUACGAUGCUCCCCCUCAUUCCAAGGAGAUGAUGGCUCUCAAUAAGAAAUUUGGCCGGAUUCAUGGGCUUUCCAGCAUGGUGAACAUGGUCAGCUUCAUAGCUACCGUCUGGUACGGGGCGAUUCUAAGCAAAAGGCUAGAGUAG